UUGGUUGCAGUCACCAUGGAAACAUACAAAGAGAAUGAAUAUUUCAGAGACCUAGAAGCAAAAAAUGAGCAGCUGACUCUUGAGAAGAGAGAUUUACAAACUAAGAAUGAAGAUCUGAGGAUGAACAUGACAAAACUAGAGAAUCUGACUGAGCAUCUGACUGCUGAGAAGAAGUUCUUUGAGAACCAAACCAAGGAGAUGACAGUUAACAUGACAAUCCUACAAAUGCAGACCGAGCAGCUGAGAAUUAACCGUGACGAACUAAACAGAAUGAAGGCAGCAAUCUUCAAAUACUCCACCUUUCCAGUAGAUUUCUUCUGUCCUGAUGGAGUUUGUCAGAAAUGUCCCAAAGACUGGAUUCAGUUUCAGGAAAGCUGCUAUUUCUUCAAUCAUUUCAUUUCUCCAUGGAAAACAUGGGAUCAAAGUCGACAGCUUUGUCAAAGCAACAAUUCAGACCUGGUGGUUAUCAACAGUCAGGAGGAACAGGUACUGGAACAGCCCAGGGAACUACGAAUAUUUCGCACAUAUAAUCCAAGAUGCAACUUGGAACGAGAGCUGGAUUCAAACGGUGAAGCUCCACACUGUCGUUUAUUGCUGCUGUCCCUGGGAAUACUGAGCAGCUUUCUCCUGGCGUGCAUCGUCAUCAUCAUCCGAAUAGGCUUGGCAAUGUACGUUCAGGACACAAACCUCGGUGAGUUGAAGUUAAAGGUGAAGACCUUAGAGAUUCAGACAGAGGAGCUGAGCAGAGAACGGGACGACCUCAGCUGGACGCUGGAGGUCAUUCUCUCAUUCGACAACUUCCCAGUCAAGGAAAUCUGUCCGGACAAAAAGUGUCCAUCGUGUCAGAAAAACUGGGUUCAGUUUCAGAGAAAGUGCUACUUCUUCUCCAGUGCCGAGGUUCUUUGGAAGACGUGGCAGGAAAGCCGACAGUUUUGUCAAAAUGUCUCAGCAGAUCUGGUCGUCAUCGAUAAUCCACAGGAACAAGAAUUCAUCAGUGACCGUGUUCAGUCCUACUACGACAAGUAUCAUGGGUACUGGAUAGGACUGGAGAAAAAAGGCAACGAGUGGGUCUGGAUUGAUGGACAGAGGAACACUCUUGAGUUUCAGGCAGGAGAACAAUUCCCUUUUGGGGGUCGACGUGGACUGUUGGUUCCAGGAAAAAAUGUCCAGCCGAACUUGAUUAAAGCAGACGCUUUGUUCAAAAACAAGUUCAUCUGUGAGACUGGAGCCCUGAUGAUGACCAGAUCCUUCUAGUUAAAACUACUUGUGUUUUUAAGUCCAUUUAGAAACUAUUUCAAAUGUAUUUCUGUCUGAAUAAAAGAUGUUCAUGUUUUAGCAGCUUCAAUCAUUGAAUAUCAGGAAAAGUUCAAACUUUGGUUUCAGGGGAAAAGCUGAAGAUGUUGUUCAGUGUUAAUAAAACAUGUUCUAACUGUA